UCUGCCAUUUAUCAGCAUCCAUCUCAUCUUAGCGCAAUUGCAUUUAAAUGGACAAUUAAUUGCCUUUAUUGACAGAAAUAAAGGUAAUAGAGACGCACAACAUGUCCGCGGAGAAUGUGCCUUUGGUGGCCAUGGCCAAAGUACCGCCGGCCAUCCAGUUCGAUGCCAAGAAGGACUUCCACACACGGACGCAUCAGCAGGAGCUGGAUGAAGCUUUUCUGGGACACGAGCGGCGUCCUUGGAUCCGGCAAAAGGCUCGAAAGGACAGCCGUCGCGAGCGGGAGAUCCUCAGUGGUCUGCUGUCCUCCACCAAUGUGGAAAUGGACUACGCCAGCAGCUGUGUGGGCAAGCUGAUUGAAGAGAACAUUAGCUACCGGGACUUGGCCUCCCUCACCGACGAGGAUUUGGAACUAUUUGGCUUCAAGUCGCAAACGCAGCGCAAACAGCUUCUGGAGAUGUUCGACAAGAUGCCCAAUCAGGACCCUAGCUACGAGUACCUUCGCAGCCAACCGGAGGCCAAGGCCUAUAACAAUCAGAUAUUAGGAAAUGCCGCCAACCAUUUGAUGUCCCUGCGCGCUUCCUUGGCGGUCACCAACUACAAGCUGCAGAUCUCCACACCGGAGGACGUCGUCGUGGGCGACAAACGCUAUGCCAGCUGCUUUGCCUUGGAAACCCUGAAGAGUGUCAAGCAGAUCACGGAGGAGAUAGCCCAGGAUCUCAGGAAAAUCGAAGCCAAUGCCCAGAACGCGAGGAGCCAGAAGGAAGUCCAGGCCAAGGAGAGCAACAAGAAGAAAAGAUUCAGCCUGGCCACCGUUUUGUACUUCACCACCUUGGCCGUGGGAUUCUCGUGCGCCUGGUUCUGGUGGUGGACCAAGUUCCACAGCGCUCCUCGACUGGAGCGGAUCUCGGUUCAGACUUAAAUGAAACCACAACGAAGCAUUUAAUAGCUGCAUUUCCACUUUCUUAUAGUAACUAAGUUGAUAGAAUUUACAUAUUUUUUGGUUAAGCUUUCGCAAAAUCUCAAGCUGUAAUGAAGUUUUACUGCCCACCAUGAA